GAAACUAACACAAUGUUGUGAAUCAACUAUACCCCAAUUAAAAAAAAAAAGGAUUUGUAUCUCCCUACACCCUCAACAAUACCUAUAGUUCAUUCAUUCAGCAAAUAUUCAUUGAAUCCUAUUAUUUGCCAGGUAUUGUUCCAGGAACAAAGCAGAUAAUAUUGUUGCCUUCGGAGAACUCACUUCUAGAGGAGAGCCAAACAAGAAACAAAUGGGCUCUGAGCGCCCUGCCCUCCACCUCAGAGUCGCCAUGUGGCCCCUGGCCGCCGUCACUGCCUUCCUGACCGCGGCCUUGUCAGGAGGCAUCCCUCGGGAGUAUCCCAAGAUUCUCAAUGGCACCAACGGGACCAAUGGGUUUCUCCAGGGUGGCUACACCUGCCUCCCCCACUCUCAGCCUUGGCAGGCAGCCCUGCUAGUGCAAGGGCGGCUGCUCUGCGGGGGAGUCCUGGUCCACCCCAGAUGGGUCCUCACUGCAGCACACUGUCUAAAGGAGGGAUACGCAGUAUACCUGGGCAAGCAUGCCCUGGGGUGUGUGGAGGCUGGAGAGCAGGUGAGGGAGGUAGUUCGAUCUAUCCCCCACCCUCACUACCAGAUCAGCCCCACCCACCUGAACCAUGACCACGACAUCAUGCUUCUGGAACUGCAGUCCCCCGUCCAGCUCACCAGCCACAUCCAAACCCUGCCCCUCUCCCGCGAUGACUGCCUCCCUCCUGGCACCAGCUGCCUGGUGUCUGGUUGGGGUACCACCACCAGCCCCCAGGUGACUUACCCCCAAGCCCUCCAGUGUGCCAACAUCCAGCUACGAUCAGAUAAGGAGUGUCGUCAAGCCUACCCGGGGAAGAUCACUCCCAACAUGCUCUGUGCUGGCACAGAAGAGGGUGGCAAGGACUCCUGUGAGGGUGACUCCGGGGGUCCCCUGAUGUGUAACGGAACACUCCAUGGCAUCAUCUCCUGGGGAGACUUCCCAUGCGGGCAGCCCAACCGGCCUGGCGUCUACACCCGAGUCUCUCAGUAUGUUCCGUGGAUCCACAAAACAAUCCAAGGACGGAAAACCCAGGAGCAGAAAUAGACGAGGGGCCCACAAUGAAAAUCGGGUUGGCUUACCUGCCAUCUUACUUGGUCUGUCCAACGCUGCUCUGUCCCUCCCAAAGUGCUCCACUUGAACCAGUGAUCCACGUUCUCAAAAUGCCCAAUUCCAGUGGACAUUAGCUGUUUCAAAAGCAUUCAGUUACUUUCAGCAUCAUCGUCUCCCAGACAUUGCAUCCCUGCAACAUCCCAGUCCCCUGAACGUCCCAACCCAGACAAUGUUCUAGGUCUCCCAACUGUUUCAACAUAAACCUGGAUCACCGACUCAAUACUCUACCUGUGGAACUCUCUUAAAUACCUCCAUCAGCCUAGCUCAACAAGAGUCUAUGUUCCAUGAAUGCAAUGUCCUCAAUGACAUCCUAUACCCCUUCAACUAUUUAUUCAUUGCCAAUAUUCUAGAUCCUUCUAUGUUUUGUACUCAAGAAGGUUCUAGACUCCCAUGACAUUUCUUCCUGAAAAUAUUCUCUUGUGUGUAUAUUCGUCUACCCCAACAACACUGUAUGCACCUCUGAUUUGUCAUGGCCAACGCUGGGUCCUCACAAUGGUUCAUUCUUUCAAAUGAACCCAGGAAAUUCCUGGGGACAUUUCUGGAUCUCCCAAGUUGUCCCAUUCCCACCUACAUUCCACAUUCUGCCAGUAUUCCCUGUCUCUGAAUCUCCUUGCUCACUAAACAUCAGCACACUCUAAACUCCAGGGUGAUGGGGUUUGCAUCCCAAGUGGCAUGGAGUAUCUGUCCCUCCAUGCCUGGAACCUCUUGUCCACCAAGUAUUCUGUACUUUUAUCCAAAGCAUCCUUGUUCAGUGCCCCGUGCUGUUACAUAUUUGUCUAUGACCCCAAACUGCUGUGGUUAAAUGCUCAGCCACAGGAAUCCUUACUUUGAAUAAGUCAUAAAACUCACAACCUCUGUUUUUUCAUCUGUAAAAUGGAGCUCAUAAUUUUCCCCAUAGCAUUGUUAUGAGGAUAAAUGUUAAGCACUUACCACUGUUAAUAUUUCUGUGGUUCCCUAUAAAAUACUACCUUAGGCUAUUAAUAACAACUCCUCAAAUUUGCAGCAUCCAAAAA